GAAAAAAAAGAGAAAAGUGGAGGGAAAACGGUGCGCUUAUUGUAGACGACAAUGUCCUCCAGGAGGCGUCUGAGGAUAAUUUGUUCAUCUGACGAAGAAGACGACGACGAAGAAAUACAAGAAGUACAACCUCCUCCUCAACAACACGAUGAUAUCGAAUGCGAAACCCUCAAUCUUCAAGAUGUAACCCUAAGUUCCAUCAACUCUAACCCUACCAAUCCCUCUACUUCCAUCCAAGUCGAAAUAUCCGACGAGGACUUCAUCGAUGCAGCCGAGGAUCUCUCCCCUUCUCCUCAGUCUCCACCUCCGCCCCCGCCCCCACCCUCAAACCAGACGGGUUAUUCUUCGGAAUAUUCCAGAACUAGCAGUGCUGGUACGAGUGAAGCUUCUGGUUGUCCAAUCGGUAAAAUUCUAGAAGAUUUAGGGUUGAGACUACGGCGUGAAUGGUUGGAUGCUUGUCUUCGUGGUCUCCAGACAAACGUCCCUGGAUUUUCCAGCUUUGAUGCAACAAAAAAGGCUAAGCUCUGCUUCGAGAAGUUUUUGCAUUCUGAUAUGAACAUUUGCGGGGCAGGCUUUCUUCCAGAUAACGUGCAUCAAAUGCACCUUGUUGAUCUUCCUGGACCUUAUGUGUUACAGGUUGAUGAGAUAGUAAAUAUCAGUCAACCUCUUCGAGAGCGAUACAAGAAGACACCUUCUGGCUUAAAGAGGUGCCUUAAGUUGUCUAUGACUGAUGGUGUUCAACGAAUCUUUGGCAUGGAAUACCAGCCUAUUAAAGAUCUAGAUGCCCUUUCACCUGCUGGAUUGAAGGUUGCUAUUUCUAAUGUAAAUGUAAGGCAUGGGCUACUAAUGCUGGUUCCAGAAGUGUUUCAAGUUUUAGGAGGACUGGUUGAGGAGCUGGAUGCAGCAAGGCAAAGACUUGUUAAUGAAGUCAAUAAGCCUCCAAGAGGCAAAAGAACAAGAACAGGAGUUGCAGCAUCUUUAGCAACUAGAGCUACUCGUGCUGCAUGGUCAACUGACAAUGUUCAUGCUUCAGCUAACACUGUAUCCCAAAGUGCAACUCCAAUACAUGUAAAUAACCAAGGUACUACUACUCCUUCUGUUAAUGGAAGAGUGGGAUCAAAUUCUUCAGUUCCUGUUCAUAGGGAACAUGUUUCAGCAUCCUCAAAUAAUCAUGUCUUUCAAAAUGCAACUCCAAAUCCAAUACAGGUAGAUGAUCAAGGUACUACUACUACUAGACCUUCUGUUAAUGGAAAUAUGUCAUCAAGUUCUUCAGUUGAUAGGGAAUUUGUUUUUAGAGCCUCAAAUAAUCAUACCUCUCAAAAUGAUGCAACAACUCCAAUACAGGUAGACAAACAAGAACAAUCAAACAUCAGUGUCUCUGAAAAUGCAACUCUAAUACAUGUGGAUGAUGAAGGUACUACUACACCUCUUGUUAAUGGAAGAGUCCAAGUAGAAUCAUCUUCUGUUGACUUUUCCACUAGGGUUACAGAAGAGACCAUUUCCACUGUUGACUUUUCAAAUGAGAGAGAAACUCAUUCUACUGCAUAUGCCUGUGGUAUAAACACUGAAAACCCUUUCACAUACAUGGCCACUUUAUCACGUAAAUGGGAUGAAUCAAAACAUAACGCCUCUCAUGUCCAGGGUAAAAUCAAGUGUUUUUUAACUGGAGUGAAAGGGUUCCAGUUUAAAGAAAGUAGCACCUACAAACUUCAAGUAUACAUAGAUGACGGAAGCCUCAUAUCCGAGAUCCUUAUUGACCACAACGUUGUACAAAGAAAGAUAGGUUAUUCCCCUGAAGAGGUGAAUGCCGCUUUGUCAUCUCGAGACUCUACAAGGGUUCAUGACAUGAAGAACAAAAUGAAACAGUUUCAAGUUUUUUUAGUCAACUUCGAGGGGACAAUGGUUGUAAGGAUAAAUGAAGCAUGUGGUCUUCCGGUUGCUAUAGAAAUGCAACAGGGUUGUUGUUUAUCUGAAGCAUGGUCGCUUCUUACAAGACUAAAAUCAACUAGUAAUACUCAUCAAAAUCAUCUACAUUUUCACCCAAUUCAUCUUUCCCCAUAAACAAUAUAUGUUUGCAUCCAUCUAAUUCUAAUGUCUCGACAAUUAAUAUGUUGAUGUUUUUUUUAGCCUCAUGUUUUUACCUUCACUAAGGUGGCACUUUUGCGUUUCAUAUAAACUUUUGUUAUUUAUUUUUGUAAUAGAUGCAUAUACAAAUUCGUUACAAAUAUUUAAAA